UUACUACGUGCUGGUAUUUAUUUCACAUUUCAGACUUUUGUGACUUUUUCCCAAAAUGGAUAAGGAGUUUGAUUACUUUAGUGGAGAAGAUGAGGACAGUGAAGAAGAAAUGAGCAGUCCUGGGUGUAGCUCAGAGAAGACAAGCUUUUGGGAGUCACUUCCUGAUGUGUGCUUGCAGCAGAUUUUCAUGUUUCUUUCUGACCGUGAUCGCAGGAGCGCAGACCUGGUUUGUUACAACUGGCACAAUGUCAUGCGUUCUCCCUCUCUCUGGCGCUCCCACUACUUCUACUUCAAUGGUCGGUUAUCCAAAUAUCGGCCGUCUGAAUACUGCGCCGCUGUGGGCUUUAUCCGCUCUGUUGGAGUCUACCUGCAGAGGCUGAAGGUGUGUGUGUGUCCACCACGCAGGUCCUUGAUGGCCCGGCGACUGGAGCAAACCAUCAGUGGGAUGUUUUUCGAGCUUACCAGAGUAAAUGCUCCACUGAAGUCCCUCUCCCUCAAUAACCUGGAGUUGGAUGGGCCUUCCUGGACUACGGGGGUCAGGACCACUUUAGUAAACAGCCUUUCUCUCUUCCUCCGAAGAGGGACCUCAAGGCUCAACACUGUUUCUCUGAAUGGGAUGCGAAUCUGCCUGAAUCAGGGUUUCGAGCUGCUAUCCACCCUGGUAUCAUAUCAUGGCCGCCACAUCUCUUCUUUGGACUUGAAUGGAUUCUUCUCUAACAGACUGCAACUCCACCUUAACUCCAGCAUGCCCCGCAUCAUGCGCAGCCUGCCAGGUCUCAGCCACUUGGGACUGAGUUACUCCUGUGUGUCAGAUGAGCUGCUAACAGCACUUCAGCAUAGAAAGCAAAGAAGGAGACAUGUCAACCCGCUGCAGACAUUGUCACUUUACUGCAAUUUAAACGAGUCCCAUGAACAAGUGGUGUAUGGUGGCUCAUGGGCAUCUUUGGUAUCUACCUCCCCGGACCUGAGAGUCAAGAUUAUAGUGGACCAAAUCAUCAACACCGACCGGCUCGGAAGGAUCCUGCUGCCUGAGAUUCCCCUGACAGAAUACACCAUGACAGCUUUCUACGAUCCAGACGUAGACUGGAGUGCCAAGCCUCUUCUCCGUCGCCUGCUGCCUCAGUACAGGCACAGUCUGCAGUAUCUGGCCCUGGAACUGAGCAACUGCAGUGAAACACUGGAUAGGGCUCUGCUGGAGCUGGUCAAGGUGUGUGACUGUCUGGAGGAGCUGAAAGUCUUGGCUUUCUUGGAAGUCAGCACCGUGCAGGGGCUGCUGCACAUCAGACUGACACAAAGGAGCUUACUCAACAAGAUCAGAGUGAGAAUCUACUCAGAAAAUGACGAAUCCAAUGAGCAGCAAGCCCAGCUGGAGGAAGUAUUGACUUGCUACCCAAACCUCCCUCCAGAACUGGACUUUAAUGCUAUAGUCUACCCCUUUGUAUGAGCACACAUGCAA